UAACACCCGUGACUUCCACCCGCAGCACUUACCCUCGGUGGGGAAGAACACCCGUGACUUCCACCCACAACACUUCCCCGCAGUAGGGGGAGUGGUGGCGAUGCGUGGGGAAACUUUCCUCAAGGCAAAUGGAUACUCAAACAUGUACUGGGGAGGGGGUGGGGAAAACGACGAUCUGGGAUACAGGUUGGCGCUGUCUGGCCAGAGGGUAGUGCGCCCCCCACCAAGUGUCGCCCGCUACGCGACCAUCCCUCACACCAAGCGGGCUACCCUCACAUCCAAGGUACAGCCGUCGCCACGCGGGUAUAGAAUGGAUGGACUCAAUACGCUGCAGUAUCGACUGCUGGGCCGCUCUGUACACCGUCUGUACACUCGUCUGCAGCUGGACGUGGGCUACCCGCCUGAGGGUACAGUCAGCUCAGCUGUCCAGUAGAGGGCACGUGAGGCACGUGGGCUACGUGAGGCACCUAGAGGCACGUGUGGCACGUGACGUGGGGUACGUGAGGCACCUAGAAGCACUAGAGGCACGUGGGAUACGUGAGGCACCUAGAGGCACUAGAGGCACGUGGGAUACGUGAGGCACCUAGAGACACUUGAGGCACGUGGGGUACCUGAAACAACUAUAGGCACGUGAGGCACAUGGGGUACUUGAGGCACCUAGAGGUACGUUAGGCACGUGGGCUACGUGAGGCACCUAGAGGCAAUUGAGGCACGUGGGGUACCUGAAGCAACUAUAGGCACGUGUGAUACGUGGAAGCUUAGGGAACUUGGGACACGUAGAACACGUGAAGCAUUUGGGACACGUAGAACACGUGUUACACGUGGGCCAAUAACUUCUCUUGAGACACGUUUGCCACUUGGACACCAGACACCAGACAACUCUGAACUUCAAUUUACGACUCCGAGUUGUGAUUCCAAAACCUAGAAAUAAUGAUAUGAAUAAGCCGAGUUUCAACUCAUUAGGUUUAAUUCUGAAUUGCAACAAAUGCUUUAAAUUUAAAUUUCACUUCCUAUUUCGAGUUAUAAUUCUGACCUAAACUCUAAAUUAUAACCUAUAACAAAUAACUGUAAGUUAUGAUAAGUGUCGGCAGGUUAAAAUAAGUGUAUAUGCUAGUUAUGAUAAGUAUCGUCAUUGUAGGAUAAGUGUAGGUAAGCUAUGAUAAGUGUAUGCAAGAUAAGAUAAGAAUCAUAAAACAUGAACUCCUAGAAAGUGAACCAAUUAGGCUUAAAGCCUUUUUACGUGAACCCAUCAAGCUUAAACCCUUUUAACGGGAACCCAUUAAGAUUUACCCUUGUAACGUGAACCCAUUAAGCUUUACCCUUGUAACGUGAACCCAUUAAGAUUUACCCUUGUAACGUGAACCCAUUACGUAAGAUUUACCCUUGUAACGUGAACCCAUUAAGCUUUACCCUUGUAACGUGAACCCAUUACGUAAGAUUUACCCUUGUAACGUGAACCCAUUAAGCUUUACCCGUGUAACGGGAACCCAUUAAGCUUUACACUUGUAACGUGAACCCAUUAAGAUUUAUCUCUUAAGCCUAUUAAUCUUAAACCUUUUAACAUGAACCCAUUAAUCAUAAACCCUAGAACGUGAACCCAUUAGGCUUAAAGCUCUUGAACGUGAACCCGUUAGGCUUAAAGCCCUGAAGCCAGUAACAUUGUCAUUAUUAAUAUAUUUGACAUUUCAUUCUUUGCACUAAUUCGGCUUUUAUCUGAAUAUAAAUUUUUAUUAAGAUCUUAUUGUUGCCCUUUUAUUAAAUAAGCUUUUUUAUGCUAAACAAUAAUAAUUAAAAGGUUGCAUUAUUAUUAACUCAAACUAUAAUAUUACCAUAAGGAAACAUGAUAUUUAUGGUGUACUAAUUGUCAACAACAACAUCAACAAUAAAAUAUAUUCCUAGAAAACUAUUUAAAUUA